AUAUAUGUAUAUUUUUCUGAACUAUUUAAGUAUGAAACAAUGAGCACGUUUAUUGUUUAAGAAAUUAGCACAUGUAAAAACAAAGCCUACCGUGCAAAGGUAACGUUGUUAACAUUUUGCGUGUUUUCUAUAGGAGUUUUUCUUUACAUGUCAAUAAAAACCCAUUCCAUGACGGUGAAGCAGGACACGGAGUAGCGGGUCCCAGGGCAGAGGUUCUGAUCCGCGCGGCUGGCUCAGCCUUCCCGGGGCCGCCGUCACCCAGCACCACACACUGAGCGGUUUACCCAACAGAGGCGGAAGCUCACACCGCUGGGGAGGCGGGAAGUCUGAGACCGGGGUGUCGGCAGGCUUUGCUCCUUCAGUGGCCGGGAGGGAGGACCUGUCCCUGGCCUCGCUGCGAGCUCUGGAGCUUUGCCGGCAGCGCUUGGUUUCUGCUGCAUCACCCCGGCCUCUGCCUUCCUCUCCCCAGGACCUUCUCCCUGUCGCUGUGUCUCCGUGUCCAGAUGUCCCCUUUCCACGAGGGCACAGUCAUAGUGGAUGAGGGUCCACCCCGGUGACCUCAUCUGAGCUUGAUCCUCUGCAAAAACCCUGUUUCUAAGUAAGGUCACGUUCUGAGGUUCAGGGAGCUAAAACUCUGACUUGACUUUUUGGGGAACACAAUUCAACCCCUAGCGCUUCCCCUCCAGGAUGAGAGCUCGGGGACCCCACAGCUGUUCAGUCCCUCAGGUUGUAAUAAGAAGAGUCCCCCUCACUUGCCCACCGUCUGUUGCUCUCAUGCCCGCUUCCCAGCUUCUCCCUCCUCCCUGAGGAGCCACAGAUACAGGGGCCACCCUCCCGACGCCCCCACCCGGUAGGGAGGGCAUGUGAUCUGCUGUCCUUCUUCUCAUUGGAUAUCCCCUUUCUCCUCCAGGGUCAGGGUAAUGAGGAGGGAAAAAUAGAAAUUUCCCCCUGCUUGGUGCUGUUUGUGGCUCUCACCCGCCUAGCGCCCACUAUGUAGGAGGACAACUUUGUGGGGGUUCCCAGCCCCUGACACUACAGGAGCUCUCUGGCUGACCUCUGUGCUGACCCCCCAGCUCUGGGCUCUGGGGUCCCGCCUGCCCUUCAGGCCCCCCCGUUUUCUCCACCCUGCAGGAGCCUGCUUGAUCAGCAUCCUUGUAAUAUGGCUUUCCCGCCAACCCCUUGGGUCCGCCAGGACUCUAGCAUCCUUGUUCCAACAAACACAGGCAAUGAGGUGGCUCCCUUUUCUGCUCCCUCUCCUCACCCAGCUGCCACGGAAGCCUUAGCCAGCCUCUGACGUCCAAAUUCUUCAGCCGUAAAGUUGGCUCCUAUCUCUGGGUUCCCAUCUGCCCUCAACAUUCAAAAGCGCUCCCCUGUGGCAAGUUAUGGGGAGUUUCUGCAGCUGGACACAUACCCAGCCUCGGAUGUCGAUGUCCCUGUUUUGAGGCUCCCUCCAGUGUCCCUAAACACUUUUCUUUGAGCUGCCCCCCUCUUGGUUUGGGAGGGGAGUGACCGCCAACUAGGACCAGAGGCAAGGGCCACGGUACUCUCUCCUGCAGUAAUUUCCCUCCCCCGCAGGAAGGAAUCUGUUAGGGUGUGCCUGGAAGCGCCUGAGAAUUUGGGGUGUGGGAUUUGAGCUAAAAAUUUCAAGGCACGUGGGAAAAUCCCAUCCAUUCUCUUGUUAUCCAUCUGUGAAUCAUAUGCUCCGUACCCCGCUUUUUUCACUUGCCGGUAUUGUUGGAAGAUCAUUCCAUAUCAAAUAUUUAUUCUAUAGUAUUUUAAGUUGAUUCAUAGCUUGGCAUGCUUUAAUUGUAUCAUAAUUUUAUUAACCGAUCUCUUAUUUUUUAAGCACUUAGGUAGCCUCCAAUUAAAAAAAAAAAAAAACCAAACCCCUCAGAUUUCUUUAUGGAGUUUCUGUAAUUCUAGAGUUUGAGUGUCGCUGCAAAAUUCUUGGAUCAAACUCCAGUGUGUCUCUGUCCUGAGUAGGAACAGACCUAGGACCAACCUCGUGUCUAUUCAGGAGAGAGAUAGGUGUGGGGUCCACUUGAUGCUUCCAGCCACAGUAAAAUUGCUCCCGAACCUUCGUGUUCCUGGUCCCUGGGAGAAUGAGGAGAGCAGGAGGAGGGCUCAGGAGAAGUCAGCAGAUCUUGUCCCAUAUUUGGUGUCUGCUUCUCCCAGACCAGCAAGGAAGGACCAUGUGCCAGUACAAAGUUAGGGGCAUGCUAAGCUUCCUAUAUAACUUAACACGGGGAAACCUGACCUCCAAAGGUGGUAAGAUCCAUCUCCUCUACACCUUUGCCACAAUACUCUGUGCCAGGCACUCCAGAUUAAUCAGGACUGUGCUGUUCCAGGGCUCACUGUCCUUCAGAGACGUGGCUGUGGGCUUCACCCGUAAGGAAUGGCAGCAGCUGGACUCUGCACAGAAGACCCUGUACCGGGAGGUGAUGCUGGAGAACUACAGCCACCUGGUCUCCGUGGGCUGUCAAGUCACCAAGCCAGCUGUGAUCUCCAGGUUGGAGCAGGGGCAGGAACCAUGGAUGAAGGAGGAAGAGAUCCGCAGAUGGAGCGCCCCAGAAAUUUUGCAAGUUGAUUCCCCAGCAGGUAGACAAGUGGAACCCCGACCCAAACUGAAAAAAACGAGCUGCUUUCCUAGGCAAGAAAAAACUGACCCUCAAAGGACACAGGGAACAUGAUACAGUUGGGAAAGAACCCUGUCCGAACACAAAUGCGGCUCCUCCAAGACAAGAGGUCCCUAAGUGUGAGUCCUGUGGCACAGCCUUGCCUGGUCAUGCAGACAUAGCUCCUAGUGCGUACCUUGCAAGAAGGAGAUUUGAAUAUGAUGC